AUGGAACGCACGCAGGGACUGAGUAGGGCUUUCCCACUAGGGGAGAUCUUCGAGGCGGUACAUAUCGACUUCUGGCAAACGAGAGGAGAAGGCAGGCCAAUAAUGACAAUGAUCGACCGGACGUCACGAUGGGUGGAAGCAGCGGUGGUCCCCGACAAGUCUGCCCAUUGGGCAGCAGCGACAUUUAUUCGGCAAUGGGUUACACGAUAUGGAGUACCCAAACAACUAAUAUGUGACAACGACAAAGCCUUUACCAGCGUCAUCAUGAAGGAGUUGUUGGACCUAUUGGGAACCAAUCUGGUCACGACCACCCCCUACCACCCCGAAGGGAACGGACCGGUAGAGUCAUUCCACCGACAGCUUCGAAAGCACUACGAACGCAUACGGGGAGAAAGCAUGAGAGGCGAAGAAGAGUCGCUAGCACUUGCCAUGUUCUUGUACCGCACAGCACACCAUACAACGCUGGGUAUGACGCCGGGAAGGUGGCUAUUCGGAGUAGAACCUACCAUACCGGAGGAACGGGAGCUCGUAGGCACCCUGAGGAACCCAAACUUACAACGAAUAGAAUGGUUGGCGAAGACCAGAGAGGAGACGAUCGAGCGGAUGCAGGCAGAAGCCCAACAGCGGGCCGAUCGACGAAAUGAGCGACGGAGAGGAGGACACCUAGAAAAGGGAGACAUCGUACUCGUAAGAGACCCGACAGUACACGAACGAGGGUGGGGAUUCCCCCACCGGGUAGUUAAAGUUAGUAAGGCAGGACAUGGGGCACACGUAGAAGACAUAGUUACGGGACACAGGGAACACCGGCACGCAGGAGUAUUAAGAAGGGUGACAGCACCCCUCGACGAACACCAGCUGGGCAAGUGGGUGGAAGAGUACCGAAGAGGAGGAAUACAAAUCAACAGAGACGACUUACAACGAAAGUUGGGACAACAGCCCGAGUAUUACGAAUUAAGUUCCGACAACGAAGAAGAACCGGGAGAGCAAACUACAAUGGGAAGGAACAACAGCGAGGAACCACCAACCCUAGAAGUACCGACCACAGAGGAACUAACACCUAUACAAGGGUCGACCCGAAGAAAACGACGUCGCCGAGAGGAAUAA